UUCACCCAAAUAAAAGGUUAAUUUUGAUUUUUUACUCAGUAUAUAUAAUCUGCAUGCGUUCUCUUCUCUCCAACGAGCGGCUUUAUGAAUAAGAUUGUGAAGUACAGACGCUGAAAAAAGGUACUUGAGCUUGUGAGAGAUGAGGCCGCCAGCAGUUGUGAAGAAAGAGCGAGCAAGUACCACAGAUAUCGACAGCGGAGGGCAGCUGCUGAAGAAGGGGCCGUGGAUGCCAGCGGAGGACAAGAUUCUGAAGGAGUAUGUCAGGAAGCAUGGAGAAGGUAAUUGGAACGCGGUUCAGAAAAACAGCGGUCUUCAACGCUGUGGGAAAAGCUGCAGGCUUCGAUGGGUCAAUCACUUUCGCCCCAAUUUGAAGAAGGAAUCGUUCUCCCUUGAAGAGGAGACGCUCAUCAUUCGCCUCCAUGCUCGCCACGGCAACAAAUGGGCUUACAUAGCCAAACAAUUGCCUGGGAGGACUGACAACGAAAUAAAGAAUUACUGGAACACGAGGAUUAAGCAGAGGAAGAAGGCAAAUUUGCCUCUCUACCCGCCGGAUGUCGGGAUGCCUAUAUCGUUAAGGAUUGAUGAGCCAGAGUUGAACGUGCCUUGGAUAGCCGCCAAUUCACCGCCGCCGGCGCUAAAACCCUCCCAAAGCACACUGUCAUCGUUCACUUCAGCGUCACCACCACUUUCAGAACAUUACGGAUUUAGUUUUGAAGACCCUAACCGGGGGAGGAAUAUCUCCUUCCAGCCUCCGUAUUUUCCUUCUCCGGUUAAGAAAGGGUUGGAAAACUUCGAUCUAGGGCCGCUUCCUUACUCCGUGAAGGAGGAGCUCCCUUUAAGCCAAUUUUCCUCCAAUUACGGGGGUGAGCAGAUGCCGCAGUGCAACAGCGGGCUGCUGCAUGAUCUAAUUCAGGAGUCUUGUAAAGAAGACAAGUUGCUGAGUUCCACGUGCUUAGCUAUCGAUUUUCUUGGUAUUAAAAUGAUAGAAGAGAUGCUGGAGACAGAUGGAUCCGCACUGAUUGACAUGAUUCUGGCAGAGACAGCAGUACCAAAGACUGUUCUUCCUGAUUGGUACAACAACUGCAGCAAUGGCGGAGAGUCUUCUAACUGUCCCUCGUCGGUGACCAACGAUGAACAGUUUGGGCUGGACAUGCUGGAUACGCACAGCUGGGGUGGAAUCUGAAUAGGGCUGGGGAUAGCAUGCCAUGAAUCUGCGAGUUUCAGUGCAGUGGGGAUUCCAUUAUCGGUACACUAUAAUUAUAUUGGUGUGAUUUAUUAUGAUUUGCCUUGGUGAUCAUCUUUUAUUGUGAUAGCUUGAGAUGAUGUGAUUUGCUUGCAAGUGUUUUAUGGACCAUAGAGUAUUGCAUAUGUUAGUAUGUAAAAACUAUUUGCAUUGCUACAAUUGUUAUUGAGAUUGGAAAGCUUGUAAUGAUACUGACUGCUCUGAAAGCUGUGAAAGCGCUUGUUUCUGCUUAUAUAAAGUGUGGUUUCAGUAGAGUGAAUUUGUUGCUAGUCA